AUGCUCAUCUUUAAAGAGUUUGCAAAGAUUAAAAAAUCUGUUGAAGCAAAAAUUGGGUUCGCCCAUAAAGACAGACUUCACAAAUUCCUCGACCACCAUGUGGUUAUAGAUGGCUCGAGCGAACAACGCAUACAAGCUUUUAAGAAAACGUUCCACGGAAGAAGCUGCCGGAUAAGAGAGAUUGUCGAAGAUUCGGUAACUACUUCUCCUUGGAGAUGCAGUCAAAAUGCCGUUAUUCUUCAAACUUUGAAAGGUUUGCAAAUUGAUCAAGAGCUUGUCGAGCCUAAAGAGUUGCUCACCUUAAGAAUUACUAAAGAUUGCUUUAUAAUCCUAGAAAAACCACCAAUCGCAGAUGUUGUGUAA